AUGGCCACGCCCUUUCACUGCAGAAGGUUCCUCAGCCUACCGCUAACUAUAAGGGAACGAGAGUCAUGGAUGAAAUGGCUCAUAAUUGUAUGGAUGAUCAUUGUAAUCGUUGUUCCCCUUAUCUUUUUCAAAUUUGUCAUCCAUAUUGGGCACCCCUUCUACUACAUAUUAUAUGCAGUAAUAGUUUUGGUGGUGACUCUCACUGUCUUCUUGAGGAGGGCGGUGGGGGCAGUGGAGGCGGAGGCGGAGGUGGCGGCCGCUUCAGCCAUGGCAACGGCUUCCACGUCAGCUUCGAGGCCGAGGCGGAGCGUUGAUGUGGCUAUGGAGGUAUUCGAUUACAGUAUCUCAAAAGAUGAGGUGGAAGAUGAUUGCGGACAGCUGUGCAUUAUUUGUCUUUGUGAUUAUGAAGAAGACGGACAGCCAGCGUUGUCGUUGCCAGUGUGUCGCCAUAAUUUCCACGUGGCAUGCAUUCAGAGGUGGUUGGAGUGUCACAAUAGAUGCCCCGUCUGCAGCACAACACCGGUUCCCUCGGAACCUGCUUCACAAACGAGAACAGAUGUAGUGCGUGUCUCGGUUGUGGUGCCCCAUAUAAUAGAGAGUACUUUAGAGGAAAGGGGAGGCACGCACUUUUAUUGA